UUUUCGCCGGCUUACUAUUUCAUCUCUGGUUAAUCAUCAAAAUGGAUAUUCGUAAGUGGUUGAAAAGCCCACCUGAUGUUGUCGUUGGAGAAGGAGACCCUGGACGACAGUAUGAGCCUCAGCCCGUUGCUAGUAGCUCCGUGGAGCCCGACCCUGGGCCUGGCAGGACCUGCAGCGGCCACGGAACGGAGGCUAACAAGUCAGGUGCAACCGCGACUGGGGCCAUAUUUGGGCCACAACUGCCUGUUGGAUCAGUGGGUGUGAGUGACCUCGGCACGGACAAACCCAAACAGGUUGUGUUGAAGAAAUAUCCAGUCAAAAUGUUUGGUUCAAAAAAACGAUCAUUUUCCUCUAGCUGGUAUUUGAACAGGGACUGGCUUGAGUACUCGGUGGAGAAGGACACCGCAUUUUGUUAUGCCUGCAGGAAAUUCAAAUCUGUAUCAUCGGACGCGACCUUCUCCAUUAAGGGAUUUAAUGAUUGGAAACAUGCAAUUGAAACAGGCAAGGGCUUAAAUAAGCAUGCAGCUUCAAAAGAACAUUUAGCCUGUGAGGCAAUGUGGAGAGAUUCAGAGAAACGUAGAGAGACAGGGAAAGAGAUUUCCACUCUCUUAAAUUCAGAGCAACUGGCUCGCAACAGAUACUACAUGUCAGCUGUAAUUGAUAUGCUGGAGUUUUUAGUGGUGAAUCAAUUGCCGUUACGUGGAGAUAAUGCUGGUUUUGCCAGUGUGCUGGACGAUGAUAGCUCCAUGGGGCUGUUCUUGUCUCUCUUCGAGUACACCAUGCGCAAAGAUCCAGAACUGACGAGGAUUAUAAAAACAAUCCCACAGAAUGCACGCUAUACCAGUCCACAGAUACAAAACGAGAUUAUCGAAAUGAUGAGCAAACUUGUGACAGAGGAGAUAGUGAGACAAAUCGGCGAUAGCUGGUAUUCAAUUAAAGUGGAUAGCACACGGGAUCCUUUAGGCCAAGAAAAUAUAUCUGUAGUUGUGCGUUUUGUUGACGAAAGCUAUGGUGUGUGUGAGCGCCUCUUGGUAAUGGCCACAUCUGAGAAAGGUAAUGCAGAGGCUUUGACAGGUGUCAUCAUUGAUGAGCUCACCAGCGCCGGACUCAGCACGGACAAAAUCCUGAGUCAGGUUUAUGAUGGCGCAUCACUCAUGUCUGGCAGGCAUGGUGGUGUGCAGAAAUUGCUCCAAAACAAGCUGAAUCGUAAAAUACCAUAUAUUCACUGCUUUAAUCACCAACUUCAUCUGGUUGUGAUUCAUGCCAUGUCCAGUGAAGCAGCUGUCGAGGAUUUUUUUGGAGUAUGCAACAUGCUGUACAACUUCAUCAGGAAGCCAACCGUGGCUAUUCUUUACAAAGGCGAGACCCUAAAACGUCUCUUGGACCAGAGAUGGACUGGCCACUUGGCAACGGUCAAAGUUGUGGUGAAGAGUUUUCAUGACAUAGCCACAUUACUGACCGCGGUGGAAAACACGCGAGGCCUUGGAGCGGAGGUGCGCGUCGAGGCUACGGGGCUGCUUCGUGCCAUUACGCAGCGCAGUUUUCUUUUCAUUGCGCACCUUACUAUGAAACUAUUGUCACUUUUCGAGCCGCCUAACAGACUACUACAAGCCGAAAAUAUGGACUUGUUCACUGCGGUGACACUUGUGAACAGCGCUUCUGACUGCGUGAAGAAACUGCGCACAGAAAACGGGUUUUCUGCACUGUGGGAUCUCUGCGCUCCUCCAGCCACGGCCACCGAGGCUGUGCCGGUGACCGACCCCAUUGCAAGCAAGAGAAGACGCACAAUUAACAAGAACCUCCACGGAUUUGCAGUUGAGGAAACAGUUGGUCAGUCACAAAGUGACAUAGACGAGAACACUGAGUUCAAGAGACUAUUUUACAGUGUUAUAGAUGCUGUGCAGGGAGAGAUGGAUGCGCGUUUUGGAGAGCGCAGUAGCGAGCUCAUUGGCGCACUGGCUGCUUUGAACCCAGAGGCCGAGGAUCAUUUCCUGGACCGAUCAAAGAUAACCCCUCUCCUGGUUUUAGCUGGAACUAAUGUGUCUGAAUCUGAAUAUACUGUGGCUCGUGAGUUCCUGGUGAAGGAAAUGACUGACACCGUGGUUCCCCCCGAAGAUGGAAAAUGGACAAUAGCCAACAUCCUCAGCACAUUCAACGGUGCACUCCAGGCU